AAAAAAUUAGAAGACUCCAUUGCGGAAAUUAAAGAAAGAAAGAACGCGCUGAAGCGUCUAAUACACAAAAAAAUAAUCGAGAAAAAAAGACAGAGACAUCUCCUGCUGGAAAUACAAAGGUCCAUGAAAGACAGCCGCCCAGAAAAAAACCAAGAGACCGAAGAGGAAGCGCAGGAAAGAAUUUUUAUCGGGCCAGAGAAAAGAAAAGCACGAAUUGAGAAAUAUCGGCUGAAUGCCGCAGGAAGAAAGAUGUCUAUGGAAGCACAUGGGAGGAGAAUGGAACUUGACGCGAUGAAGCUAGCUGAAGAACUGGGGGCGCAGGAAGAAGCGGAUAGACUGGCUGAAGAGCAGAGAGUGGCUGAAGAGCAGAGGGCGCAGGAAGAAGCAGAGGCUGAAAGGCAGCAGUUGGAGCAAAAAGAGAAGGUGAAGAGCGAAGCCAAAAAGCUGAAAGACCUUCAGGAGCAGCGGAUGGAGCAAGAAGAGGCGUCGCAGGUUGAGAUUAAAAGGCUAGCCGGAAUACAGAAGCAGAUGCUGGAGAAGAAUCAGAAGUUGCAGGCUGACGCUGAGAAGCUGGAUGAAGACAUAAAGCAGAGACUGUCUGAAAAGAAGCUUGCAGACGAGCAGGCUAAGGUCGAAGCAGAAAAGCAGAGACUGGCCGAUGAGAAGAGGACGAAAAAGCAGGCUGAGGACGAAGCAGAAGAGCAGCGCCUUGCAGAAGAAAAAAAAGCCAGAGAAGAGUCCAAGAAAAAAGCCGAAAAU